ACUGCCCUUACCAUAGCCAUAUUUCUAAAUAAUUUAUGUCUCACAAAAAGAACACCUCAUUAGCUCUUAAACCCACCUUUAUAAGUAGCAAGAAUAACCUCACCUGACAAUCCUGGCAUAGCUACUGGUACUAGCUAGCUGAUACUUAGUUGUGUAAUUGUGUUCUUUUGAAUUACACAAAAAGAGAGACUAAAACGAAAUGGAAGACCAAUGUAGCCCUCUUGCCAUGCCUUUCUUCUUCUUUGAAGAGGAGGCAAUUGAGGAGUUGAAGCAGGGUUUGUUAUACACAACCUUGGAGUUAGAGAAGACAAUCAUUUGUGCCAAUGAUGAGAUUUCUAAGAAGGAUCAAGAGAUCUUAGACCUCAAGAACCUUUUGGCGGGAAUUGUCAAGGAAAGAGAUGAAUUCAAAGAGAAAUGCGGGAAGAUAGAAUCAGAAAAUUACCUCCUCCAGGAAAAGCUGAACAGGCAUUUUCCCAAACACCUGAUCGGCAUUGCAGAGGCCGCCACAGGGCAAUCCACUGUUACUACAACGACGAGCACUAAUGAAGAUCAGCGAACGCCAUCGUCCUCCGAUUCUCACGGGAACAACGCCGUCGCUUUCGUUCCGCCGCCGGCGUCCGUUGACGCCACCGAUAAGAUAUUGCCGAAGCUGCCGCUCCCGGAAAAGGGGAAAUUCUUGAAGGCUGUAAUGGAAGCGGGGCCGUUACUCCAGACGCUUCUUGUGGCCGGGCCUCUGCCUGAGUGGCAACGCCCGCCGCCGUAUCAGCUCAAGUCAAUUGACAUCCCGCCGUUCACAUUGUCUCCCACCGCCACGCAGAGACGGCUGCUCCACCGGGAAUCUGCCCUCAGCGGUGGCGGUGGCAAGAAGAGGGCGGCUGCAGAUGCUGGUUGUGGCUCCUCAUCAUCAUCUCCCUCAAAGUCCCGAAGAGUGUCAUCAUCCACCGCCAUUAUCUCUACUACUUAGUGCUCGGCCAUGACGUUUAUUUCCC